AUGGUAUGGCGCUACACCACAAAUUCAGAAAUCGAAAGCAUCUGGCCUCUUCAGCGCCAUUUCCUUCCGUCUCCGCCAUCAGAAGAGUCACUGCUUUCAAUAUCCUUCUGUAGGGAAUAUGGCUUCGCCGGUGCGCUUACAUUAUGUGUGGUCAGACAUGGCGCGGAAAGGCAGAGUGUAAACGCUUUUUUUAGACAGCAGAGAUCUUUAGGAGUAAUCGAGUGUGAAAACAUUCAUCGGUUGAAGUACGCAUCACAACAAUGUACUUGGAUCAUUUUUCUGAGCAUAUUUGUGAGCGAUGCUUCACUGUUGACGUCCACGUGCCAUCAGCACCUUUUUCUACCACGUAGUCAACACACCAAGGCAUGUCACCAAUGCUACGCUCGGGACUAUAUUCCAGCUUCUGUCUCAGUAAAAGGGUACCUACCAGAUGUCACCGAGGAAGGACGGCUUGGUGACAAAUGA